GUUCAAUAGGUCCGCAAUGUUGUAGACGGCGUCAAGAUAAAACUUAACGUUGCAACGGACCGAGACAUUGUGUAGCCUUAACUCCGUUUUAUCCUGCCUCUAAUACUCACUCUUCCCGAAGUUUCGUGAUAUUCACAAACUAUUUUCUCCUAAAUAAACUCUAACAAAGGAACUCAAUUGGUCAUCUUUUAUCAGCUAUUCCAUCUUUUCAUAAAGCGAACCGAUUAACGGUAAGAGAAACUAUAAAAAGAGCAUGGCAGCGUAAAUCAUGGGCUUAUUUCACUUAGUAAACUGUCUAGCGUUGGCUACCGGUCCUCAUUUGCUGGUAUACAAGUCUACCGGAAUACCAGAAAAUGAUGCUUUUUGGCCCUGUUGCAAAAUUGCAUGCGUGUACGCACUUACACAAAUUUUGAAGUUCUUUCUGGUCACUUUAGCUCCUCAUACCUAUUUAUCUAAGGGAGAUUCUAUGACAUUUGAUGUUUUUGGUAUAGUACUUGAGAUAAUAGUAAUCACUAUGAUUGUACGUGGAUCACUUUGUAGAAGUGAGUUCAAUGUAGUAGCAUCCAGUGUAGGCUGGUCAAUCGCUUCAUUAGUAGCCACAAGAUAUGUCCCGAUUUGGGUUGGUACGCGUGGACUAGAAUUCGAUUGGAAAUAUUUGUGUUUAAGUUACGAAGCAAACUUAGAUUUGGUUGAUACGUUUGUGAUGUUUUAUUCUGUUUGGUUACUGUCACGUCGCUCAGGCCCUACUUGGAGCACUCUAUUGGGCCUUCUCACCGUUAUUACGGGGCCAGCUAAAAGUAUAUUUUAUGCGUAAGUUCACUCUCAAACUUAGUGUAUAUCUUCGCAAUUACAUGAUGACGUGAUUUGAAACUUUUUUGUAUGUAGAAUGUAAUGACUAACUAGUUGGUUCUUUGGCGAAGAAUAGUAUAAACUGAAUCUCAGAAUGCCACUUACUGGAUAUCAAACUUAACAGUUGAUCAACCUUUUGUUCAACUAGCGGUUCACUUCCCAUUAUUUGUACGUCAGUUCAGUUCUUAUUCAAAUAGUUAAAUAACGCGAGCUGCAAUUAUAUAAUCCAGAACUGUCAUCAAAUUAGAAUCAGUUUUAUGCAAUGCUCUGUGUGUAGAAGGAAGUUAGAUAGUUUGAUAGAUGAAAUUAAACCUAGUAGUGUUGUGUAGUAAGGCCAACACUUCAUGCUUAUAAGAUUCUGUUGUCUCAAGUGAAAUAAUAUUUUUAAUUUAUUAGUGCCUUUGGAGGUGGUAUUUAUCACAAAGACCAAAUCGACAUGCGUUUACUCAAGUUCGACUAGUCUAGUUUCCGUUUAGUUAAAUCUUAAAUGCACAUCAGCCAGGUAUUUCCUUUGUAUUUCGUGAUAAGAAGUUGGUACGAAAUAUUCUGAGUCUCCUCUUUUCACCUACAGAGACCUAAUGUCACAACAGUUUAUCAUUUACUUUGAUAAAUUUAUCGAAUACAUUCUACUUCUCAGUAAAUUUUCAUACCAUCGAAGCACCAAUUAGCUAAAAUACUUAGUUCUAUAAAUUUUUCGUACGGCAUUUACUGUCCCAACUGGUUGUCCUGCACAGCAUUAGAAACCAAGAAUUUUGAUACGUUCAAUCCUUGUCUGGGAUCUCGUAAUUUAAAACUGACAGUCUAAACUAGCGGGUCACGAAAAAAAACGAUUUUUAGCCUAAGAUAUGCAAUUCAGCGAAACUUUCCAGUUAGUGACAGGUUGUUCAGUAUAACUAAAUCUAGUCAUAUUUCUUUAGUCAUCACACAUGUGCUUUUUAAUUGUACAAAUUAGUUAAAUAGUCAAAAGUAUUUUGAGUGUAAGUCUAAAAUGUAAUCGCAGUAGUGGCAAGAUUUCAUUUAUUAGAGUUUCUCAACGCAACACGAAAACCUUAUGCUACUACUCUUAAAUGUUAAGUCGUUUUGCAACAUUUAAUUAUAGUUUAAAGUCAACCAUUUGUCACAAGUCAAUUUAAAGUUGUAACUGUAAACUGAGAAGUCGAUGGAAGUGUAAAUGCUACCUUGAUGCAGUGUUCAGUUUCACAUACUGUAACAGGCAAGAUCAAGCAUUAUAGUUUAUAACAGUUAUUUCUCAAGACCCUAACGUCUUAGACAAAAGCUGAAGCAGCUAAUUAAGAUUCGAGAGCGAAGUCAUACGGGUGAACAUACUGAUAUAUAGUGGUAUUAAGGUUAUUCCGGAGAAUUACCGUUACUUUGAAUGAAACGCAAGUAAUAAAGACGGACUUUUAAAACAGCUUACCUCCUUAAUCUACACAUUUUUGGUACCGAGAUAUCAUUCCAAUGUAAACGACUAGCGGGUAUCUGCCUUCCAGGCCAGCAGCAUUUAAUUUUAUCCUGUCUGCUAUAAAACUUGGUCCGUCAACAAUUUUUCUAUCUCAAAAAUAUAUUUCAGGUGGUACUUCCUAAGAAUUUAAUUGGUUGUAAAUGGGAUUUUUAAUUCGACCUAAUCUGGGAUAAUCUUUAGUCAGUUAUGUAAACAAUGAUGACGUUUUUAAUAACUUGUAGAAUAAUAAUGGUUAUGGUGCUUCACUAGCGUCUUCUGAACUCAUUUCAGCGGUCUCCAAACACAAUAGUAAUCGAAGGAAACGCAAAUAUACAGAUGACUAAGCUUGUCUUCUUAAACGUGGCUACUGAAAGUUAAUAAAGUGAGAUUGAUUCGUUUCUUGACUCAUCAAAGAGAAGCAGAUUAAAAAUCGUCUCUCUGAAGCUAUCCGUACAAAGGACGGAUUAUCACUGUACUUCCAAACGAAGAGAAACAUUUCAAUCGUCUUUUUGUUAUUUUCCAAAUACCAACAAAAAGCCCAAUUGGGAAAUUAGUAACCUCUCCUACUCGAAACAAUGUUACGACGUCUAUAAUUACCUUAAUGCAAGGUAACUCAGAAAGUUUUGACAUGUUACUUCCAGAAAAUCUCUUAAAGUGAUGGCACAUUGUACUUAUAGCGGAGAGGUGGUCAGUAUAUGACAUGGUGUCGUGGUAUGAAAGAAAGCUGCAAAGGGCUAGCUUCUGUUGGUCCUUCACGACUCCCUGGUUGGGGUCCGAGAGACGGUGUAACGCAGUGGCUAGAGACGUCAUUAGAUAUGGCUCAGAAUAGAAGCCAAUGGCGAUCCUGCUGUAACCUUCUUUUACUUUCUUCAUAAAAAGUGGUUGUAUCUUCCUUACUGAAAGAUCUCUUCUGACUGUACCUUUCCGUUUCCCCCACCAUUGUUCUGUCUCUCUCCCUUUUUUAUUAUUCGCCACGUUCAUUACUUUUUUUCUCUUUUCUCCUUCUCUUCAAAUUAUCAUUGUUUUGUGUGGCGCAUAUAUAUUUGGUGCCCCCCUUGUACCAAUAUUUAUGUGUUCAAAUAAAAUAAUAAAUAACAUUGUACUUAUAGAGAUUGGUUGAUAUUAAAUAAUCGAGGGGCUAGUUACCAGCCCUCAUGCCCCCAAAUGCUCUGGUACGGCCGAGAGUGGGGAGAGUCAGCUCUCCCUCUCGAAAUGCUCUCACAUGGCCACGCGUAUACAACUGCUGCCAGGGAAGUCCUACUUACUGCCUUCUCGUGGCGGGGGUGAUGUUUACGAAAAUGAGAGAACGAAAACGAGUGUCCGGCACUUUAACCGAAUCCCAAACCAAUGGUGCACAUGGGCUCCAGUAUCCUGAAGGAACAAAUGGCGUAUGAAACAAUCGUCGGUCACCGGCUACCAUGGGACUGCAUCUCCUCACGAUGCUCCACUGCCUUGUGGAUCAGACGUUCAGGUCGAAAGCUCGGGGUAUGGUCCCCUAAGAAAACCACCUUCUUCGGUUUGGGCACCCGGGCAGUAUCACAGCCCUCACACAUAUCCAAUGAAAUCUGUGUGGCGCGUAUGUAUUUGGUGCCUUCUUGUACCGAUAUCUAUGUGUUAAAAUAAAUAAAUAAUACCAGCCCGCAUAGUCCUACUCUAUGAAAAAACGGAAAUCCCGUUUAAAUCGCUACAAAGUAAAGUCACAUCACGUGUAAACUAUUAGCUCCCUUAUUCACUCAAUUUCUAAUCCCGAAACCUGAAAUUACAAAGUCAGUUGUAGACCUGACUGUAGAUGUAUGAAUCUAAUAUUUUCUGGUGUUGUUACAUAGACUUUCUUCACUACAAGUAACUAAUCAUUAUUGAUCAGAAGACGGUAUUUAACCAAUAGUUCUUGCGACGAAAUUAAUUGAACAACCAAAAUAGAAGCGCUUCAAUUUUCUGAAGUAUGUACUCUAUCACUUUGAUUUCUUUCCAAACCACAUACUGUUUCUAAGCUUUUCGUUAUAAUUGACGCUACUGUUAUUAUUUUACUUUCUUGGUAUUCAUCUCCCCAUUAGUACAGCAAAUUUGACCAAUACAUAUAUGCUAGGUCCUACGCUGUAUAUGAUUGAUUAGCUACUAUACAGUUUUUGGUAGAUUCAGCUGUGAUAAGUUAGUGGCUGGCCUAACAUAUGUACAGAUACGGAGACUUCUAUUGAUUUUCGCUGAGUUACUGUGCAUAUAGUUCAGAUAAUUUCUUGAGUGAUGUCACGUACUAUUAGACUAAGCUAUACCAGUAGGUGCAAUCCUGCACAACUAAAGUCUGCUUACAUAAUAAUCUAUGUUCAAAGUAGAAAAAACCUAUCUAAUUCCCACAGGCUUUUUCAUCUUUUAUCUUCCUUUGAAUAUUGAGCUUAGGUACCAGCUCUUUUGCUUCCCGAUCUCACUCGUUCAUGAGCUCUGUUCUCGUUUAGUGUUUACUACAUGACAAAAAGGUACAACUGCCGUGUUUAUUGUUAAAGUAUCUGUACAAGAAUGAAAAGACAAUCGAAAUAUCACGAGUGUUAACUUAACACUUUAUAUCAAAACUAUCGUUAAACUUAUGUCCAUAAUUCCAAUAUUUAUUUCACUAAACUUUCCUCGCUAUCCGUCAGUAGAAUGUAAUGAAUAGAGCUCUUCCGUCGAUAACAGCCUUAACUAGGCAAAUAUUCAUUAACGGUCUGCGUCUGAAUAUUUGACGACAGCCGCACAAAACUAAUGUUUCAUUUAGAUUUCAUUCCUAAAGAAUUUACUUGGCUCUCGAUAGAUUUCUCUAAGCGAAUCUUUUAUAUAAGUACGUUUGUAUGUACGUCAUUGAACAUAAUGUUUGCUCAAAAAUGGUACGAGGACUACUACUUAUCCAGUCCUUAAAAAGAUUGCGAGUAAAAUUCCUGUAGAUCUUAAAUGUUUUUUAACACAAUAAUUUUGUAGUAUUCUCGCCUUUUAGAUUAUUAUCCCAUGAAAUCGAGAACAUCUUCGUAACUCUCGCGAUAAAAACAAUCAUUUGUAUUAUCUUUGGAGUUACAACUAUGAUAAUACGGUUACAAAGGCAUACUGAUCGAACUGAAACCCGGGAAUCGCAAGGAUUGUUCACCAUUAUUCGCUUGUUAUACCAGUUGAUAACGGGACGAUACGUAUGUGCGUACAAAAGUCGAGACACAAAAUCCAGCUCAUCAGUGUUUCUCAAAAAUGUAAAAUGAAAAAUUUGUUUCAAAACGUUUGUCUACAAACAAAGUCUUUCCACUGAGCAACCUACAAUUAAGAAAAUGAUUAUUCUAGCGUUAUUUAUACGUAUUUUGAAAACAGAAAAUGUUUAAAAUGCUAGUUUCUUUAAUAAAAUAAAUGUGAUGUAAUCUAAGGGUUUG